CCUAGAGGCCCAAUUCAUCCAAUUCCCGUAUCAUAUCAAGACGUAAAAGUCCUAUUUUACCCUUAUCCGAUUGCCAACAUCCCAAUCAUAAUUACAAUCUUCAUCUUCAUGUUAAAACCGCCAGUCAUAAACCCUAGUUUGUUCUCUCAACCUCGCCCUCAGACUCCAAGCAGCGUACUGUCUAGCGAUCGUAGAAAGAAGAAAAUGGGUGCAAAGGCUAAGAAGAAAGCAGCUGUGAAGUCUCUGAAGAAGGCCUCUACGCAGUUUUCUGUUUCCAAAGAUGCAACUGCUGAUUUCUUGCCACUGGAGGGUGGCCCGGCAAGGAACCUUCCAAGGACUGAAGAUAGAGAGAAUAAAGCAACAAUAUUGUAUAUUGGGAGAAUCCCCCAUGGUUUUUAUGAGGGUGAAAUGGAAGCUUUUUUUAAGCAGUUUGGUACAAUUAAGAGACUCAGAAUUGCGAGGAACAGGAAGACUGGGAAAUCAAAGCAUUUUGGAUUCAUUCAAUUCGAGUCUCCUGAGGUAGCCAGAGUUGUCGAAGAAUGCAUGCAUAAUUAUCUAAUGUAUGAGCAUCUGCUACAAGUUCAACUUGUUCCUCCUGAACGAGUUCAUCCAAAAUUAUGGAAAGGUGUGAGCCGCUGGUACAAACCCUUGGAUUCGGUUCAAAUUGAGCGUAAGCGGCAUGAUAAGGAACGGACACUAGAACAGCAGCAGAAAUUAGUUGCAGGAAUAAUACAAAGGGACAAAAAACGCCGAAAGCGGAUUGAGGCUGCUGGUAUUGAUUAUGACUGCCCAGAUAUUGUGGGCUGUGUCCAUGCUGCUCCAAAGAAGAUUAGGUUUGAUACAGAAUAAUAGUGCUUUUGAAGGUUCCAACUGAUAAGGAGAAGUCCAAUCAAAUCUACUAUCUGAGACGCUUUUUGCUUGCAUGGUGAAAAACGAUUUUGUGUAGUCAACUAUACAUAAUUGUAGUGUCAAGUAUCAACUUUACUUGCUUUUCCGAAUAGCUAUGUAUCAAAGAUUUUUCAGGGAUCAACUUGAGGCAUGUAAUGCGGGUACUUCUAAUGCUUUUGCAUUAUUUAAUUUUUAUUGCUCAUUAGAUGCGGGUACUUCGUUAAUAUUUUAAAAAAUAUAUAUUAAGAUGACAAAAUUUC